AUGAGGCUUAUAUUUGCAUGUCUGUCUGUUGCUUAAGGAGAUACUAUUUUCUUACCACAGAUCAUGUGCUUUAACUGCAUGCAUUCUGAGUAGAAAACAGUCUCAUUUGCAUUGGUGUUCAUUCUGCAUGCUGUGGGCUGUCAUGCAAUGGGCUUUCUGCCUCAGUGUCCCUGGCGCUAUGUAUUGUCCUUAUAAGAUGUAUGGAUGAGGGGCAAGUGUUGGCCUACAUGACUGUCAUCCCUGUUAUGGGAUAUGUUCUGUAUAGCUUGAACGUGAUAUGAUGCAGUGGUAUUAUAAAGUCGUGUUCCAUAACCUACAUACAGUAUACUUCCCAAUGUCUCCAUUCAACAUGCUUCAGCUGCUGUAUCAUCCAUGUCUUAUCAGCAUGUACGGUCAGAUCCAUAAUGAUUGGCAUCCUUGAUAAAGAUUUGCACAAAAAUGCUGUAUAAAACAAAUAAUACAAAUACUGAGCUAUAUUGUAUGCAAAAAAAUUGUAAAUUAUAUUAUGUUAAUACAAUUGCUCAGAGAAAGAGAUUUUGUUUAAUGAGUAAUACAUUAAAAAAAAAAUACUCUAGCACCCACCACUUGCAAGGAUAACCACACUGAGCCUUUUUCUAAAUGUGUUACGAGAUUGGAGAACACAUUGGGAGGGAUCUUAGACCAGUCCUCCAAACAGAAUAUUUACAGAUCCUUGAUAUCCUUCGUCUGCAUGGAUUGCCCAAUUCAAUUCAAACCACAGGUUUUUAAUGGGGUUCAAGUCCAGAGACUGAGAUGGUCAUUGCAAAAUGUGGAUUUUGUGGUCAAUGAACAAUUUCUUUGUGGAUUUUGAUUAGUGCUUGGGGUUAAUGUCUUGCUGGAUCCACUUGUGGCCAAGUGUCAGCCUCCUGGUAGAGACAACCAGGUUUUUGUCUAACAUGUCCUGGUACUUGUUAACGUUCAUAAUGCUGUUGACCUUAACAAGGGCGCCAAGACCAGUUGAAGCAAAAUAGCCCCAAAACAGCAAAGAUCCACCACCAUAUUUUACCGUAGAUGACCCUUUAUCUCCAUAUAUUACUACAUUCACAUAACAGACAUUAUUGUCUGUUGGAUAUCAACCCUGAAGAGGAAUCGUCAUGGAGUCACUAGAAACUACUGUGGAGGUGAAAUGCUCUAAAGAGGGUCUAAAAAAGACAGUUACACAGAAAAAGUGGGCAGCACCAGAGCCUACAACUGCCCAAACUAAAAUGCCCCCUUCGGCUGAUUCGGAGGGGGAGGGGUGGCACCUAUGCCCACAACCUGAGGAGGACCAGAGUAGAACCACAUGUGGUUCAACAGAAAAGUCUGACUCAGGGAACCUAAGACAAUUAGGGAAAUCACUACGCCAAUUACAGGAUCAAGCCUGCAGUCAUCCUCAUUACAAUGUAUUAACAUCAUAUCCACCACAGGAGAGACAGACAGUUCCCUUUGCAAGACAGAAAACGGCAGAUGGCUUGGUUUCUGCACUUCCGCUAUCCCAUGGCAACUGUGAAGGGCCCUCUCCUCAGAGGAGCUCCCCCAGUUUACCUGCGUCUCUUCAACACUGUUCCCAGUCAGGGAUAGAGGAGCUAUCCAAGGACGUGUGUAGUAAGAUGGAGCAGAAGCAGCAGCAGAAGCCUGGGAAGUAUGUGUGUGAUUAUUGUGGGAGGGCAUGUGCCAAACCCAGCGUACUUAAAAAGCAUAUUCGCUCACAUACUGGGGAGCGACCCUACCCCUGCGUUCCCUGCGGCUUCUCUUUCAAAACCAAGAGCAAUUUAUACAAACACAGAAAAUCUCAUGCUCACUCUGUCAAAGCUGGGACAGUGCCAAUUUCCGAACUGGGUUCUUACAAUGCCAACACAGAGGACCGGGGAUCUUUAGAAGGAGAAGGAGAGUUGUACUCUGACGCUGAGCAGAGCUCUGACACGGAUGAUGACUAUUCAUCGUUCUUGGACUCAGUCGAGGAACCAGAUAGCACCACUGCUGUAAGAGUACUGAAUCUCGUUGCCCAGAAACAGGGAGUUACAUCGACAUUAUCUGAGGAGCGUUCAGCCAGGCUCCCGGAGAUCAAUGAUGCUCAAGCUCCAGCCGUUUCUCAGGUCAGUCGUGCAAUUCAAUCCAGCGCCAUCAAGCAGCGACUGGCACUCCGGCUCUCAGAGAAAAGGAGCAGUGACACUGACACAUCUCUCUCCCUGCCUAGCCAGGGAAGCAAAGGCAGCACAGACUCAGGCUACUUCUCACGCUCCGAGAGCGCAGAACACCAAACGGGUGGUCCUCCCAACACAAACGCCAAGUCCUAUCAAGAGAUUAUGUUUGGGAAGUGUUACAAACCGAACCCGAAACAGGCCAUAACUGCUGUGACUUGCACUACAGACUUAAUAAGUGAUCGUAAGUCUUCAGAGCGAGGUGUUUCCCGCGUAUUCACACAAGAAAAGGAAUCAAUGAUAGAAUCGAUCAGAAUAAACACACAUUCAUUUACAAGGGGAGAAAUGAAAGAGGCUCAACUAGAGCUCUCUGAUUCUGGGCAGCUGGUGCGGAGCAACUCGAUGCCCACGUCCUCAGGUUCGUGUCUGGACAUGCCACAAGGCCUGCGAGGCAGCCACUCCUUUGAUGAGAGGGCGUCCCCUGGAGGUAUUAGGAGACUUAGGCGACAGGCUGCCUUUGAACACUCUGCACACGAUGGACACACAGAACUUCCUGACCACUAUGGAAACAUCUCUGAAAUUUCCAACCUUGGAGUAGAGAUGGAAUUUGCGACGAGGAAACGGCGGAAGGAAAAAUGUAUUAGGGAGGAGGAGGAUGCAGCAAGCCAGUAUCACACAGACUACGACCACUCUGAAGAGAUGAGGGACUAUGAUUCAAAGCAAGCCUCUCAAGGUGCUCUAACCACUACUCCUUCAGUGAAAGUACAUGCCCAAAGCGUGAAUACACAGGAUAGAGCACAGUGUGAUAGACUGCACAUGGAAAUGUUGGAAGACACCACAGAGAAGAGAACUUUAGGUAAUGUCAUCUCUGUGAUUCAACACACAAACUCCCUAAGCAGGUCUCACUCUGACGAGUCUUACAACUACCAGAGACGGGAAAAGCCUUCCUCAAUGGAAGUGGUGGAGCAAACCGAAACUCGAGAUAAAAGGACUGAGAUCUUUGCACACCAAUUGAGUGACAGUAGAUUGUUAGAUCAAUCAUAUCAAAUGACACCUAAGCUAGUCCGCCAGUCCAACAUACAGGUCCCAGAGAUCAGGGUGACUGUAGAACCUGACAGUCCAGAGAAAGAGAAAGCAGCUGAGGUGAAACAGGUGAAGGCGAAGGAGCCCGAUAGAUAUGUAGAGGAGUUCCAAUGGCCUCAGAGGAGUGAAACCCUGUCUCAGUUCCCCCCAGAAAAACUCCCUCCAAAGAAGAAGAGACUGCGCUUAGCUGACUUGGAGCACUCUUCUGGUGAGUCUAGCUUCGAGUCGGCCUGUACGAGCCUCUCCCGAAGCCCUAGUCAGGAUAGCAACCUAUCCUACUGCUCCAGCUUCUCGUUUGACCGAGAAGAGAAAGAGCGAGAGUUUAUCCCCAAGCCAGCUUCCCUGGCAGCUAGACAGGAUGAGUUUGGAAAAGCGUUGGAGUUCUUAGCGGUGCCAGGAAGCGCCCACUCCCUCUCUGUCCUGAACCAGCGUCAACAACAUGAAAUGAGACGCUCCUCUUCAGAACAGGCACCAUGCAACUUUCAGCGCAGAGAGCUCCCAGAGGUCCGAAGCGUAUCAUUUGACUACGGCAGUCUCUCUCCAAUGGCCAAAGUUAGACAUGCGGAACUCGGCGCCAGUUACUCAGAACCCAGACGGAGUAACUUGGUAAGACAGGCGUCCUUGAAUGUUGACCCUGAAUUUACACAUCCAGUCCUUCCGCUAAAUAUUCUUCCUCCGUACCUCAGCAAUGCCCUGUCGUUCUCAACCACUUCUCUGCUCUCGCAGUCUCUGCCAAUGUUUGCCCCUCAGCCACCACACUCCGGUCUCUUAGUUCCUGUUAGAAUACAGGCUCACGUGCCGUCUUACGGCAGCAUUACAUACACCACUGUGUCACAGGUUGUAGAUGAUCCAUACGAAAACUCUCUCACUUCUCACUUUGCACAUUUAUCCACAAAUUUAGAUGCAUUAUUAGGACAACCCCGAGGACUGUUGACCAACCCAGCCCAGAUUCAAGUUCUAGAUCUGUCACCAGCUAAGUUUAAGACAGGCAUCCCUCUAACCCUGACCUCCAGGACUAUCUCCACCACCAACUGUGGAUCCAGUGGGGGAUCCAACAAGCGCAUGCUAUCUCCGGCCAGCAGCUUGGACCUGUUAAUGGAGGUCAAACAGCAGAAACGUGUCAAAGAGGAGAAAAUGUACGGUGAGAUAGUGGAGGAGUUGGGCGCCGUGGAGUUAGGGAACUGUAAUGUGACCGAAGAGAGCAAGUACAGUUUAAAGACAGAGUUUAAACGUGACACCAACCAGGGAGCAUCACUGUCAGGCCUUUCUUCUAUAUCCUCUUUGUCUGUGUCAUCCUCACAUCAUUCUCAAGACGACCGAGCAAGUGGAAGCUUCAUCUCACCUCCGCAACAAGGGUCAGAAUGUCCUGAUUCCCUUAUGGACAACUCCCCAACCGAAACAAGCCUACAUCCACCCUCUCUGAUGUCUCUAAAUGAUUUCAAAGAGGCUGGCAUGGACAGCAAGGCACAGAUGGAAAUGAUGGUGCAGUUAGUCAAAGGUCAGGGCAUCCUCAUCUCUGACGGUGAAAACACCAAACUGAUAUCUCAGUUUCCAAGUCUUCGCACAACGACAGUUGUGAGUUGGUGCUAUCUGAACUACACCAAGCCGAACAGCACUCCCAACACUUCUCCUAUGUCCUCUGUGUACACUACGUGGCGCGUCAGUUCCCAUAACCCCAACCCUCCUAACCUCAACACCAGUGCAACCCUGGCUCUGCUCCGCUCCAAACGGAAGACUAACACAUGGGUGUACACCAUGGCUGCCAUGUACCAACCUGGGACUGGGAAACUGGUCUCCUCGUCACUCUUAUGGAGGCAGAGGCUUGAGCUGCUACAGAGCAAACCGGAGAUCAAAGAGCUGGAUGUGAUCUGCCAUGGAAGGAAAGUGAAGGAUGCCAGCUGCAGGGUAAAAGCAGCAAAGGAGGACUGGAAAGACCUGGAGGUCUCCUCAAAACAAACAGCAGCGCUAACACCAACGCCAACCCAGAUCAAAAUCUUUGAAGGAGGGUUCAAGUCCAAUGAGGACUAUGUGUACGUGAGGGGCAGAGGCCGAGGGAAGUAUAUCUGUGAGGAGUGUGGCAUCCGCUGUAAGAAACCUAGUAUGCUGAAGAAACACAUACGCACCCACACUGACGUCAGACCCUACGUUUGCAGGGUCUGCAACUUCGCUUUCAAAACGAAAGGAAACCUGACCAAGCAUAUGAAGUCAAAGGCUCACAUGAAGAAGUGUCUUGAGCUUGGUGUGUCAGUCACAGUGGAUGAUACAGAGACACAGGAAUCUGAUGACAUCCAGCAAGACUCGAAGACCGGGAUCUUGAGCACAGCCAAACACCAGUUCUCAGACGCAGACGACUCCGAUGGCAUGGAUGAAGAGAUAGAUGACAUCGACGAAGAUGAGGAUGAUGAUUACGACGGUGGCUCCACUCCAAAGAUCCGCUCCCGGAGCACCAGCCCUCAGCCCUGGAACAUAGCCUCUCCGUCGGUCACCGGUACCACCGUCACCCAUGUUGUGUUGUCAGCUCUCCAUGACUGUACCCUCAGUACCUUCCGUUCUCUCCCCAGCUGCCUCACCAACUCCAUCGUGCCUCCAUCGUGCCAUCCCCAUACCUCCAUCUCAGGCAAGAGGACAGGGCCAGACCGGAGGACUGUCUUGGCCUCCAGCCUGGACAAGGAGCAGAGUGAGAGAGAGAGGCUUGUGGAGGAGGACUGUAGCCUGGCCAUGCUGUCUCCUGACCAGGGAUGUCUGUUCACCGAUCUGCUGUCCACUGGCUGGGAGUCCCCUCUGAGGGAACCGUCCCCCUCCCAGCUCCGCUACCCAUCACCCCGUAGAGACCUCUCCCCCCGGGGUCGCUCCUCACCUCGAUGGGACACCUCCCAGCUGAGGCCCAGCUCCCCCAACCUCACCCCCAUCCAGCACCUCUCCCCGGCCUGCAUGGAGAGGCCCAUGUCCCCAGGUGGAGUGGACCUGCCUGGGAGGAGGGAGCCAUCGGCCCGGGGCAGACAGAGGGUGGUGCUGAGGGCUGUGUCUCCACGUAGAGGGGGCUCACAACACAGAGCGUCUGGCGAUAAAACCAUGCAACAAGCCAAGGCUGAACUUGUCCACAAGGGAGGAUCCAUUGAAAUGGAUUUGGAUCAGAGGAGAAGCACGCUCCCCAACCUGCCUGGUCCCCCAAGCUCCAGUUGUACCCAUCAUAACGUCCUCAGCCACCUUCCCCUACACUCCCAGCAGCAGGCUCGAACUCUUCUCCCCAUGGUCCCUAUCGGGGGGAUCCAGGUACUGCGCUCUUUGCCCUCCUGCAGCUAUGACCGGACCCAUCUGUCAGCCCUGUCCCAUCAGAAGACUGAACUCCACCAGGACAGCAAUAAGGAGGGAUCUGCCUGUGUGGCGGGCCCAGGUGCAGAGGGCACAGUAGCCCAGCAGCAGGAGAAGGAGCGGGAAAGGGAGAGGCCGUCCCCCCACCAGACACCCUGGGACUCUGAGGAGGAGAAAGAUCCUGUCUCUGUCCUCACGGUCAGGGACCCUAAGCAGGAAGAGGGUCUUCAGACCUGCACCAAGGCCAUCGCCUCCCUCAGGAUCACUUCUGAGGAGCAUCUAUAGACUGGGGUUGCAUAGGGCUCUGGUCAAAAGUAAUGCACUCUAUAGGGAAUAGGGUACCAUUUGGGACAUACACUACAUGACCAAAAGUAUGUGGACACCUGCUCGUCUAACAUCUCAUUCCAAAAUCAUGAGCAUUAAUAUGGAGUUGGUCCCCCCAUUGCUGCUAUAACAGCCUCCACUGGACUUGCUUCCAUUCAGCCACAAGAUCAUUAGUGAGGUUGGCCACUGAUAUUGGGUGAUUAGGCCUGGUUCGCAGUCGGCGUUCCAAUUCAUCCCAAAGGUGUUUGAUGGGGUUGAGGUCAGGCCUCUGUGCAGGCCAGUCAAGUUCUUCAACACCGAUCUCGACAAACCAUUUCUGUAUGGACCUCGCUUUGUGCACGGGGGGCAUUGUCAUACUGAAACAGGAAAGGGUCUACCCCAAACUGUUGCCACAAAGUUGGAAGCACAGAAUCGUCUAGAAUGUCAUUGUAUGCUGUGGCAUUAAGAUUCCCCUUCAGUGGAACUAAGGGGCCUAGCCUGAACCAUGAAAAACAGCUCCAGACCAUUAAUCCUCUUCCACCAAACUUUACAGUUGGCACUAUGCAUUGGGGCAGGUAGCGUUCUCCUGGCAUCCACCAACCCCAGAUUUGUCCUGACAUUUACACCACUCCAACUGACGCUUGGCAUUGCACAUCGUGAUCUUAGGCUUGUGUGCGGCUGCUCGGCCAUGGAAACCCAGUUCAUGAAGCCCCCGACGAACAGUUCUUGUGCUGACGUUGCUUCCAGAGGCAGUUUGGAACUCGAUAGUGAGUGUUGCAACCGAGGACAGACGAUUCUUACGCACUUCAGCACUCGGCGGUCCCGUUCUGUGAGCUUGUGUGGCCUACCACUUUGCGGCUGAGCCGUUGUUGCUCCUAGAUGUUUCCACUUCACAAUAACAGCACUUUCAGUUGACCGGGGCAGCUCUAGCAGGGCAUAAAUGUGAUGAACUGACUUGUUGGAAAGGUGGCUUCCCAUUAUGGAGCCAUGUUGAAAGUCACUGAGCUCUUCAGUAAGGCCAUUCCACUGCCAAUGUUUGUCUAGGGAGAUCGCAUGGCUGUGUGCUCGAUUUUAUACACCUGUCAGCAACGGGUGUGGUUGAAAUAGCCGAAUCCACUAAUUUGAAGGGGUGUCCACAUACUUUUGUACAUAAGGUGUACCUUGGCGCUUCCUCCAGGAGCAGCUGAGCCUCUCAUCCAUCGUCCAGUCCCCAGCUUGCCUGGUCCUAGAUCUGUUUAUGCUGUCUUGCCAACUUCUAUGGUCACAUAGGAGUUGGCAAGACAGCACAAGGAGAUCUGGGACCAGAAUACACCCACAGUCCCUCUCAAUCUCAUUCCUCUAGACAGACAGACAGGCAGUCAGACAUACAAAAUGACUUCAUCCAGGCCCUUUUGGUUGGGUGUUGGAGGCUCUCCUCUCAGUCGGUUCAGGUUUCUGCAUGCAAGUAGUGUAAAGGCCAAUCAUCUAACAAGCCCCUUCCCUCCCGUCUCCCUCCCACAGACUAUAUCUAUAUCUGAGCCAAGAACAAACCUUGAAAUACAGAAACGACACAGACUUCAUGCUCUCUAUGUAUUUCUCUAUGAAUUAAGAGUUUUUGGUACAUGUAGGUCAGCAUGAAUAGUCAUAGCGAAGGACAAGCAAGAAGUCAGUUGAAGUGGUGGCCACAGGUGCAAAACAUGGUAUUAAAGUAAAUGCUUAUAUAUUAAUUAAGCUUGCAUACACUUGCACACAAACAUACUUAUUGAUGUUGAUUAUACUCCAUAACCCACUCUUAACACAUACAGUAUGUGCAUACACAUGUAUAUGUGGACAUGUAUACGUGGACAAGCAUUUCGCUACCACCGCAAUAACAUCUGCUAAAUAUGUGUGUGACCAAUAACAUUUGAUUUGAUUUGACUACUUUGAAUAUAGGCUGUUAUUGUAUUCAUAUCGAGUGAUGAUAGUUAAGGGUUUGAUUAUUGAAAAAAUUGGAGGGGAAAUAACAACAAAAGUAUCUGAAAUAUGAAAGUAUUUGAAAAUGGAGUCUGACCAAAUUUAGCGUAGACUUGCUUCUUGUCCAGUUUGGUGCUUUUGAUUGAACAGCAAAGGUCUGUCCGUGCCUUUUCUUUGCUUUCCACCUAUGUUUUGAACGAGCAUAUUAAGCAAGGGAAAAGUGAAUAUCAUUUUUAAAGGAACUUUUAAUCAGAAUUGUCUGAUGUGACAGUGUUAUUUACCAUCAAUGAAUAUUGCACUAAAACAUAGUUUUUACUUUGUGGAAUAAUUAAAUUGCUGAUUUGUGCAGCUACGUUUAAUGUAAAUGUAUCUAUUUGACAUGUUUUAUGUUGCAGAUUCUCAACGUUGUGUUUUUAUCUUUAUGCUAUUGCACAAAUAGAGACGUGAAUAUUAUGUAUACUUGCGAGAUGUCUUUAUAUAUUAGAAAAGUACUCUCUUAUUGAUGAUGGAAAAUAUUUGACUACUAUUUAUACGCUGUAUAUUAUCUCCACUUAUGCAACAGUGUGACCCACUGACCGAUAAUUAUGAGAUCCUUAUGAUGUCAUGUCAUUGCUUUAUAACUUAUGGCUUAAUCAAAAACGUGUUUUUGUUAUUCUGGCCUUUGAACCUUUAUGAAUGGAAAUAAGCACUUUCAUCCUAACUUUGAUAACUGACUGAGAUGGUUAGUGAGGAGAAAUAAAAACAAUCGUGUGAGCUA